CUGAGGAGGGGAAAGAUGACGCCCGCCGUGGGCCGAGGCCCGCCCGGGUCCGAGCUGCGCGCCCGACGCGGUCGCUGUGGGACCCAGGCUGCUAGGGCCGUGGUCGCGGACGUGGUCGCCAAGGACGCAGCGCGGAGUCCCAAACGGCCUGCCCAGGGCUCGCGGCGCCUCGAGGCAGCCGGCGGGUGGGCUGUGCUGGCCCUGGUGACGCUGCUGUCCUUCGCCACCCGCUUCCACCGCCUGGACGAGCCAGCGCACAUCUGUUGGGACGAGACUCACUUUGGAAAAAUGGGCAGUUACUACAUCAACCGCACCUUUUUCUUUGAUGUGCACCCCCCUCUGGGAAAGAUGCUGAUAGGGCUGGCGGGCUACCUGAGUGGAUAUGACGGUACCUUUUUGUUCCAGAAGCCAGGGGACAAGUAUGAGCAUCACAGCUACAUGGGCAUGAGAGGAUUCUGUGCAUUCCUGGGUUCCUGGCUGGUGCCCUUUGCCUACCUCACGGUGCUGGAGCUGUCCAAGUCUCUCCCGGCAGCUCUGCUCACCGCGGCCCUCCUCACCUUUGACACGGGAUGCCUCACUCUGUCUCAGUACAUCCUCCUUGACCCCAUCCUGUUGUUCUUUAUCAUGGCUGCCGUGCUGAGCAUGGUCAAGUACCACUCCUGCGCAGACAGGCCCUUCUCUGCCCGCUGGUGGUGCUGGCUCACCCUGACUGGCAUUAGUCUCGCUGGGGCUCUGGGAGUCAAGUUUGUUGGCCUCUUUGUCAUCCUGCAAGUGGGAUUGAAUACCAUUUCAGACCUUUGGCGCCUGUUCGGAGACCUCAGUCUUUCACUGGUGACUCUGGCAAAACACCUGAUGGCUCGCAUCGUGUGCCUCAUCGCGCUGCCCCUGGCUCUCUACACGGCCACCUUUGCUGUCCACUUCAUGGUGCUGACUCAGAGUGGGCCCGGCGAUGGCUUCUUCAGCUCUGCCUUCCAGGCCCGGCUCUCAGGGAACAACCUCCACAAUGCCUCCGUCCCUGAGCACCUGGCCUACGGCUCCGUGAUCACGGUGAAGAACCUCCGGAUGGCCAGCGGCUAUCUCCACUCCCACAGGCACCUCUACCCCGAGGGCAUUGGUGCCCACCAGCAGCAGGUCACCACCUAUUUGCACAAGGACUACAACAACCUGUGGAUUGUCAAGAAGCACAACACAAACUCAGAUCCCCUCGAUCCUUCAUUUCCAGUGGAGUUUGUGAGACACGGAGACAUCAUUCGCCUAGAACACAAAGAGACCUCUCGGAACCUGCACAGCCACUAUCACGAGGCGCCCCUGACCCGGAAGCACUAUCAGGUCACUGGCUAUGGCAUAAACGGCACAGGUGACUCAAACGAUUUCUGGCGCAUUGAGGUUGUCAACAGAAAAUUUGGGAACCGGAUCAAAGUGCUGAGAAGCCAAAUUCGCCUCAUCCAUCAGGUCACAGGUUGUGUGCUGGGCUCCUCAGGAAAGGUCCUGCCUAAGUGGGGCUGGGAGCAGUUGGAGGUGACUUGUACGCCAUACCUGAAGGAGACCCUCAACUCCGUCUGGAAUGUGGAGGACCAUUUCAAUCCCAAAUUGCCCAACAUCAGUCUGGACGUGCUGAAGCCCAGCUUCCCCGAGAUCUUGCUGGAGUCCCACAUGGUCAUGCUGCGGGGGAACAACGGCCUCAAACCCAAGGACAAUGACUUCACCUCCAAGCCCUGGCACUGGCCCAUCAACUACCAGGGCCUGCGCUUCUCAGGGAUCAACGACACAGACUUCCGGGUCUACCUGCUGGGCAACCCGGUGGUCUGGUGGCUGAAUCUGGUGAGCAUUGCUGUCUACCUGCUCCUGGGCAGCGUCCUCAUCCUGGCUGUGCAGAGAGGGGUGUGCCUGCCUGCUGAGGUCCAAGGGCUGUCCCAGGUCCUGCUCCAGGGCGGUGGCCAGGCCCUGCUGGGCUGGGCACUCCACUACUUCCCGUUCUUCCUGAUGGGCCGCAUCCUCUACUUCCACCAUUACUUCCCAGCCGUGCUUUUCUCCAGCAUGUUGACUGGGAUUCUGUGGGACUCGCUGCUGCGGCUCUGUGCCUGGCGUCUGGCCUCCUGCUGCUCCUCUUCCCUGGCUAGGAGCAUCCACGUGGGGGGGAUCCUGAGUCUGCUCCUGGGAACUGCCUACAGCUUCUACCUCUUCCACCCUCUGGCUUACGGGAUGGUUGGCCCCCUAGCGCAGAACCCCCUCAGUCCAAUGGCAGGGCUGCGGUGGCUGGAAUCUUGGGACUUCUGAGAGGACUGCCCCCGGGGUCCCAGAGCCACCCGAAGCCAUGGAGCCAGCCAACUGGAGUAGGCUGCCCAGCCUGCGACCUGAGCAAGUCUGCUGUCAGCCAGGCCCCAGGCCGCGCUCAGCGCCGUGAGGACGGCACCGGACCAUGCCACAGUCCAGGACGCCCCCUCACGAGUCCCGGGCCCCCACGUGUGCCAUGCGGGGAAUGAGUGUGUGAGGGUGCAUGUGCCCACAUGCCUGUGGCGUGGAGGCCAUGUGACGGUGGGCAGCUGAAUGUCAUAAACUAAGAAAUGGGCCAGAGCUGCACUCAUUUUUGGGGGAUCUCUUCGCAUGGCUUUGGUUUGGUUUGGGUUUGUAAGAAAGAUCCUCAAAGGUUCUCUGACCCCUAAGAGGGUCCAAUGGUGGAGAGUUCGGCCUCACCCGGGGUCUCGCCCAGUCCAGAGCCUCCUUCCCACAGGCAAGCAGCACGGCCCGAGGGAGGGCAGCCACCCUGAGCCAGGCCACCCGACUGCACCCCCGCAGGCUUGUGUGGCAGCUGGGGAUGGUGUGUAAAGGAUGGGGCUGGGGGGGUGUGUGACUAUCAACCCUUGGGGGGUGGCGGAGCCGCGCCAGGAGGGCCUGGAGCACCCAGAGCUGCUGUGAGGACCAGGACAGAUGCAGUCUCUGACAGCUGGGAGGGUCACAGACCUUCGCCGCACAGCAGGCCUGUGGGGCUGGGACCCCAAGGGGCCGCUGGGGCUCCCUGACUAAACAGUCCCUGCCCCUCUCCUCUGUGUCACUACUUCACCGCCCCCAAGACUCCGAGCCCCUGGAAAUGCCCCACAGCCUCCGUGAGUUGGAGUCUGCCCGAGGGCAGUGAGGGUGGGUUUUUGUCUUCUCUCUACCACUCUGACACCCUGUCCCUUCCCCUCCCUUUCCACAUGGAAAUGAUUUUGAGAAAUGCUGGGUCAAACCCAAACCAGCCACUCCACCUGCCUCCUCCUUCCCCUGGCAGAACACUCUGUCUCAGGCCUGUGUGCUUCAGGGCUUAAAGGCAAAUCCCUGCCCCCGCCUCUGAAACCCCACCAAGCUUGACAAGGUCAGGGCUCUGUGGAGCAUCUUCGCGAGACGGUUGCCACGGAGACUGGAAAUUGGUCCCAGGGACAGGCUGUGUACUUACUGGGUGGCUGGGAGGGAAGCUUUGGGCCAGGCUGAAGUUCAGAGCAACUGUCAUUAAUGUUAAUUGAGGAAAUGCAGAUGCAGGCCGGCUGGUUAAUCAGAUCUGAGGCCUGCUGACCCCUAGCUAGGGCUGCGGCCCUUUGACUUCUUCCCCCCAACCCCCUCCUGCAGGAAGUCCUGCCUCUGCUGCUCUGGGCUGCUCGCUUAAUUGCAUUUGUUGAAGGGAAGGCAGCAGUGGUGGAGCAUCUCUGCUCAGCCUCCCGCCUCCCCACAGGUGGAAUUGAUUGCUUCUGACUGUGUGAGGGCAGCCAGUGGGGGGCUCUGCUGGAGCUGGAAUUCGGGAGCUGGAGAGGUGACCCACAGUGCCAGCCAGGUGGCAGCUGAUGCCACCUGUGCCACCCUCACUUCUCACUAUGACCUCACUGGAAGCGGGCAGCCCCUCAGCAGCUUCCUGUCCAUCCCAUCAUGUAAGGUUAGCAGUUCAAAACCACUAGCUGCUCCACGGGAAAAGACGUGGCUUUCUACUCCUGCAGAAUUCAUUUUAUCCUGUCCUGUAGGGUCACUGAGUUGGAAUCAACUUGAUGGUACUGAGGGAACCAAGGUGUCCUCUGUUCUUUCCAUGGAUGGGAGAAGGGAAGUCCCUCCCGCGUCCUCUGCCUCCUCCAUGCCUUGGCUGGCCAACCGCUAGGGGGACAGGCCACAAGGAUUCGUGGAGCUUCCAAGUUGGGUUCUGAUGUUUGGAAGGCACUGGGGUGCACGGGGUGGGGGAGGCACUAUCGGGGUGCUGCUCUGACUAGGGGCCCAGGAACCCAGCAGAAAUGUGAUGUGCCCCACAAACCCAUGGUGACCACCAAAGCCCUUGUCAGCCCGCCCUCCAGCCAGCUUCCCAAGCACAUUGCCAGAACGGAUCAGAGGCCAGUUCGUUUUGUAAUAAAUAGCUCUUGUUUGGAA